AAAACUAAAUCUUUACUGAAUUCAUUGACUGGUAAACGGUGCACAACUUCACAUUCAUUAGGGUUUUGAUCAUGGAUAAUCAAGCACGGAAAGAUUGCUGUCAAAUGGAAGAUGAUGAUGAGUUCCCGGAGGAAUUUCAGUGCUGUGUGUGCCUGGAUAUCUUGUACAAGCCUGUGGUGUUGGCUUGUGGCCACAUCUCAUGCUUUUGGUGUGUAUUUAAAGCCAUGGACACGACACAGGUGUCUUAUUGUCCUGUGUGUCGCCAGCCAUACAACCAUUUUCCUAGAAUCUGUGAUUUGUUGCAUUUCUUGCUUUUGAUGUUAUAUCCAUCAUCCUACAAAAGUAGAGAGAAUCAAGUUUCAGAGGAAGAAAAAUCGUAUGGACACACAUCUCCACAGUUUGAUGAUAAAUUAACUGAUUAUCAGUAUAGUGAAGUACUCGACACUCAACAAUCUUCUAAACUGCUUGAAGCUGAUUCCAACAAAUCUACUGCCACAUGUGGAGGGGAUCAUUCAUUCGUUCAAGACUCUACAAAAAGAACUUCUCAUAAUAAUGGCAAUAUCACAAAUACCCCAUCAACAUCAAGUUCUCAAGAGGCAAAUUGCGUGAUUGAGCAUAGCAAACCGGACCUUUUGACUCACUUACAGUGUGCUGUUUGCAAGCAGCUAUUAUGUCGUCCUGUAGUACUAAACUGUGGCCAUGUUUUUUGUGAAGUAUGCAUUAGCUCACAUGACAGCGUGUGCAAAUGCCCGAAAUGUCAAAGUGCACAUCCAAAUGGGUUCCCGAAUGUGUGCCUAGUUCUAGCUCACUUCUUGGAGAAGUACUUUCCUGAAGAAUAUUCUACAAGAAAACAAUCACUAUCAAACUUUCAGAACGGCGAUUCUUCUCAAGGUCCAAGAGGAAAACCGGAUCAGGCUGCUACAUCUUUUUCAGCGCCUACGAACAUUACCCCGUCCUUAUUCUCUGAUCCUGGCCUGAAAUUUCAUCCUGGAGUCGGUUGUGAUUACUGUGGGAUGUGUCCGAUUGUGGGGGUGCGGCACAGAUGCAAAGAUUGUGUCGAGAAAAUAGGGUUCGACCUCUGCGAGAAUUGCUACAACAGUUCUUCGAAGCUGCCCGGCAGAUUCAACCAGCAGCACACUCAAGAUCACAGGUUUGAGGUUGUCCCCGCGCCUGUCUUCCGCAAUAUAAUUCUGAGCCUCAGAGCCGGACGUUCGGAUGAUGAUUCAGACAGCGGGGUGAUUCUCUCGAGCUCCAACUUGUCGAACGAUGCGUUUGAGGAUGAACAUGAGAUCGGAUCAUUGUCUGUCAAUACUGUGGACAGCGACUCCCAGGAUUUCGAAGAUGCUACUGCUUCCCCAACCUUCCCGCCCAACCGUUUCCGUUUCCUAGAUCGUCGCCGCAGCGGCGACGGCAGCGAUGGCGACGGGGCUUAACAGUUGUGGUUACUACAGCUUUUCUUGGUACUUACAUUGUAAUGUUUUAUGGUAUCCUUAAUGCUCGCUCUAUUGUUGCGUACUUGCGUUCGAAUGUUAUGUACAGCUUCUACUUUCUAUAGCUUCAGUUAUUUGUUGAAUUGGAUUUAAUAAAUUUUGCCAAAAAAAAAAAUAAAUUAAAGGGUGUGUUUGUUUGUGGGUUUUAA